AUUCGGAUCCUUUCCUAUAUAAUAUCUUCUGUUCACCAGUUCUCUGAUGCCAUUUUCUGUUCGCCCAUCUCAACAUUCACGACACGAGUCCCACAACGUCCAUGGCUCUUACCGCACCCUGCACCGUGACAUCUUCAGACUCCGAGCCCGCAGAAUUCAUUAUACCUGACUUUUUCAGUGAUUGCGGCUACCCCAUGCGACUAAAUCCUCACUGUUAUCCGGUCUCUCAUGCUUCUGCACAAUGGCUUUGUGACGAAGCACAUCUAGUAGAGCCAGAAAUUACUAAAUACACCAGCGUGCGCGCAGGUUACUUCGCUGCAGCUUUAUACCCUAAUGCGAAUGCUUUCCAUCUGAAAGUCUGCGCAGACGUCCUGAACUGGUCGUUCAAAUUAGACGACUGGCUCGAGAUCGAUAGGUUCGAUGUCAACGACGCAUGGAGAGUACGUGAUUGUUGUAUGUCUGCGCUCCGCGAUCCCAUCAACUUCCAAACGGAAAGAUAUAGUGCAAAGAUGUGCAAAUCAUUCUUCAGCCGCUUUAAGGAGACUGGCGGCCCUGGCUGCACCGAGCGCUUUAUCCACACAGUAGACUUGUGGUUCAUCUCUGCUGCUAAGGAGGUAGAUAACCGCGCCAAAGGACAUAUCAACGAUGUUAAAUCUUACCUGAAAUUGAGGCGCGGCGUGAGCGGCUGCAAGCCUUUAUUUACCCUCAUCGAAUUCGUAAAUGGGAUUGAUCUCCCUGACGAAGUUGUCUCGCAUCCGGUGAUCAUGGCUCUGGAGGAAGCUGUCAAUGAUUUUGUUUCUUGGUCCAAUGACAUUUUCUCCUAUAACAUAGAGCAGUCUCACCAUGGCACGCGUAAUUUGGUUGCGGUGCUUAUGAUCGAACAAGGUCUAGACCUGCAAGGUGCGGUUGACUACUGCGGCCGGCUAUGUAAAAUUUCCCUUCAGCACUUUGAAGAAAACCUCGCUAUCCUCCCCUCGUGGGGAGAAGAGGUUGACAAGCAGGUGGCUAUCUACGUUCGAGGACUGCAGAACUGGAUUUCCGGUUCGUUGCACUGGUCCUUCGAGUCUGCCCGCUACUUCGGGAAGGAUGCACAUAUUGUCAAACGGGAGAGAACCGUCAAGCUACUUCCCAAGCGGCCUCUGUAAAGCCUAUAGCUAUGGCUCUGCUCUAUAAGGCUACAUCAUUAUCUAUGUCUUACCAUGAAGCUGAAUAUUGAUUACACAUAACGUCUCACCUUCACUCUCCGCUUGCCAUCUUCUAGCGAC